AUGAAUGUCCAACCUGGAGCAACGUCACAGUGGUCACCGAGAAAUCAACAGCAGAGGACGAGACUCCCAACACAGGCUCAGGCUUAUGCAACAAGGCAGAAGCAGCGAAAGGUGGACCAGGGAAAUCUGGCAGGUAUGGGUAAGCUCUUCAACACACCCGUUAUGCUUCUGUUUAAUACUGGUGCUUCGCAUUCUAUUAUAUCUGCUCAUUGCAUGACUACUCUGAAACUCGCUAUGAAAGAAUCUCAACAUAGGAUAGAAGUAGUUUCCCCUGUAGGAGGACGGAUAGAAAUAUCUCGUACUUGCUCGAACUUAGAAAUCACUCUGGGCGAUUUUAAGGUUGUAGCAAACAAUCUCAGUGUUAUGAUCAUGUGGGAUGUAGACAUAAUCCUAGGGAUGGACUGGCUGGCUGAAAACCAUGCCACCAUCUUAUGCAAGGAAAGGCAAAUUUCCUUUAAAACCCCCGAAGGUGAAGCUACUCGCUUUCACGGAAUCUCCAUGGGAACCCGAAAGUCUAUGAUCUCAAUGCUGCAAGCCAGCAAGUUGAUAGAGAAGGGAUGCCCGGCAUACCAUGUGUACUUGAACAAAUAA